AGACAAGCGAGGCAAAAUAGAAGAAGUACAUUCGUAUCUAACUUCUCAAACUUUCACUGGUCACGUGGUGAUGACGUUUUGACGUUUCUGUGAAAGAUGUCAAGAAUUUUUACUCCCUUGCCCCUUUCCUUUCAUUUUACCAAAUAUCUACGAUGACGACCCAGCAACCGAUUACAGUUCAACCAAAACGUGGAAUAAUUAAACAGAUCCUAUCUGGGGACUCUGUUAUUGUUCGAGCUUCAUCAGGAGCACCACCACCUGAAAAACAGCUUAAUUUUUCAAGUAUAACAGCUCCAAAAUUAGCCAGAAGAGUUGGCGAUGGGGCUGAAACAUCUAAAGAUGAACCUUGGGCUUGGGAAGCUAGAGAAUUUUUACGUAAAAAACUCAUUGGAGAGGAAGUUUUUUUUACCGCUGAAAAACCACCAAAUGCUGUUCGUGAAUAUGGAUGCGUGUAUCUAGGAAAAGAUUUCAGCACUGCGGAAAAUAUUACAGAGACUUUAGUAUCUGAAGGUCUUGUCAGUGUUCGUAGAGAUAAUGUUAGAGUAACACCUGAAUUGACCCGCCUAAUGGAAUUAGAAGAUGCUGCUAAGGCGGCUGGGAAAGGAAAAUGGGGCAAUUCUUCUUCAACUGAACAUGUACGAGACAUUAAAUGGGCUAUUGAAAAACCACAAGAAUUGGUUGACCAACUCCAAUUUAAGCCAGUGAAAGCUGUAAUUGAACAUGUCCGAGACGGGUCAACUGUCAGAGCUUUCUUGUUGCCUGAUUUUCAUUACGUUACUUUGAUGAUUUCUGGUAUUAGAUGUCCAGGUUUUAAAUUGGAUGCAAACGGCAAAAGAGAUCCCAACGCCAAAGUUGAAUACGCCGAGGAAGCUCGCUACUUUGUGGAAGUUCGUCUUCUGCAAAGAGAUGUGGAAAUUAUUCUUGAAGCAGUUAACAACAACAACUUCAUCGGAACCGUCGUACACCCGAAGGGAAACAUUGCCGAACUUCUACUCAAAGAGGGUCUCGCCAAAUGUGUGGAUUGGUCGAUCAUGCUUAUGAAAAGCAGUUCUGAAAAAUUGAGGGCUGCCGAAAAACAAGCUAAAGAGGGUCGAAGAAGGCUCUGGAAAGAUUUUGUAGCUUCUGCUCCGAGAAUAACUGGAAAAGAAAAGGAAUUCACUGCUACUGUAACCGAAAUCAAUAACGGAGAUGCAUUGGUGUUAAAAAUGGCCAACGGUGACAGCAAGAAAGUAUUUUUGGCGAGCAUUCGUGCUCCCAAGGAACCAGGUCGCGUCAACGACGAUGACGGCAAACCGGUUCCAAGACCGAAAGGAUUCCGUCCUCUUUAUGACAUACCGUACAUGUUUGAAGCGAGAGAAUAUUUGAGAAAGAAAUUAAUUGGUAAAAAAGUGCAUGUUGUCAUUGAUUACGUACAGGAUGCUAGAGAUGGUUUUCCUGAGAAGGUCUGCGCAACUGUUACUGUUGGAGGAAAGAAUGUUGCCGAAGCUCUUGUUUCUAAAGGUCUGGCGACUGUGGUUAGAUAUCGCCAAGACGAUGAUCAGCGCAGCUGUCGCUAUGACGAAUUAAUGACAGCCGAAACUAAGGCCAGUAAGUCUCAACUUGGCGUUCAUUCCAAGAAAGACAGUCCUGCGCUUAGAGUUACAGAAAUUGACGCUGCUAGGGCUAAACUUGAACUCGCUGCAUUACAAAGAGCGCAGCGAAUCGAUGGUAUCGUUGAAUUCGUUGCAAGUGGUUCCAGAUUAAGGUUAUACAUUCCAAAAUCUAACAGUUUGUGCACCUUCUUGUUAGGUGGUAUUAAUUGUCCGAGAGCAACCCGCCAAGCAACCGAAACCCCCGGGGAACCGUUCGGUGACGAAGCCUUAUUAUUCACGAAAGAAAGAUGUAUGCAACGCGAAGUUUCUAUUCAGGUCGAUACGCAUGACAAGGCGGGCAACUUUAUUGGUUGGUUGUGGGUUGAUAAUGUCAACAUGUCAGUAGCUCUCGUUAAAGAAGGUUUCGCGUCUGUCCAUUUCACGGGUGAAAAGUCCCAAUAUGCUUCCCUUUUAAAAAGCGCCGAAGAUAGCGCGAAAGCGGCUAAAUUGAGGAUAUGGAAGGAUUAUGUCGAGGUCGAGAAGGAGGAGAAACGUGAAGAAGAAAAAGUGCCAACAGAACGCCAAAUUAACUUCGAAGAAGUCAUCGUGACAGAAGUAACGCCCGAAGGAAGCUUUUAUGUCCAGAAGAUCUCCGAAGGACCUAAAGCAGAGGCUCUAUUUGCCAAGUUACGACAAGAAUUCCAAGCCAACCCACCUCUUCCCGGUUCCUAUACGCCGAAACGUGGCGAUCUUUGUGCAGCCAAAUUCACAGUCGACGACGAAUGGUACAGGGUUAAAGUGGAAAAAGUACAAGGAGGAAAAGCCACCGUUCAUUACAUCGACUACGGUAACAGGGAAACCCUACCAACUCUCCGCUUAGCCAGUCUACCCGCCGCCUAUGUCAGUGAAAGACCAUUCGCUACAGAAUACAUUCUGCCUUUCGUUGUCCUGCCCAAAGACGAAGAAUAUAACGCGUUAGCGAUAAAAUACCUAAAAGAAGAUACCGCCGUUAGCAAAGUGUACUUGAACGUUGAAUACAAACCAGCAGGUUCGCCUCCUGCAGCAUCCCUCCAUUCAGACAAAACCUCCGAUUCUGACAUCCUAAAAAAUCUUAUCAAGGAGGGAUUGUUCAUCGUUGAAACGGUUAAAGGGCGUCGAAACAACAAAUUGUUGGAAAGCUAUAGAGAAGCUCAAGAAACUGCAAAGAAGCAACAUGCCAACAUAUGGGAAUAUGGAGACAUCACAGAAGUGGAUGCUAAGGAAUUUGGACUUGGGAAUUAAUUGCGGUAUAGGGACCAGUCUACCAGAGCAAACCAGCUACAUUAUGGGUUCAUAGACUUUCGAAUCAUGUUGAUUAUAAUAAUUAGAAAACUUCCAUUUAUAUAUAAAUAGACGGAUCUAUACAUAUUUGCUAAGAUAUUUUAAAUCAACAACAAUAUUUAUAUAACAAAUAUGUUUUUAGGUGUAAUUGUUGUCUUUUUAUACAUAUUGCGUACCUGUAAUUAAUUAUAUUCUUUGUAAUAUUUACCAAAUACUUUAUGUAUAUCGAUUGAAAGAUACUUUUUUUUUAUACAUUUUUGCAUAUCAUAUGUACAUUUUGUUUAAUGAGUAAUUUAUACAUUUCUGUUAAAUAAUUCAGAGUGUUCGCGCACUUCCAUUUGAGAAAGACAUUUAAAAAGGUACACUGAAAUCUGAACUAGACUGAUACCAUUAAAAUAUUGGUAAAAAUAGGUUGCUCUGUGUUGUUAUAUAUAUUUAUGUAUCAAAACUUAUUUCUUUUCGGAAACUGCUACAAUGAUGUAGGGGAUGGGCUCUGUUUACAAAUAAAUUACUUUGAUCGUUGAC